CAUUUCCUUUUUCUUUUUUUUUUUUAAUCAAUUUGAUGUCUUAAAAUCAAUAAUUAAUAAAUUUAUGAUUUUUUGUGUACCAUACCACACCGAACAAUUACCCAAACACUUUCCCACAAAAAACAAACUCGUUCCUAUCGUCGUCACCAUCAUCAUUCAUCAUUCCCCAUUCAUCAUCGUCUGAGAAAACCUUUUGCAACUAGUCUUAACUUCCGAUCACUUUCCGGCAAUCACUUUCCCUAUUCCUUACGCCGUCUGUCAUCUGCGCAAGUAACCAUUAAGUCUGCUAAUCUUUACCUUUCACUCUUUCUGCUUGUUUAAAAUUUAGUUAAUUUUCUGCUUUUAUAUGGGUGUGUUGUUCUGAGAUUUGAAAAAAAAAUUCAGUGCUUUGAAUUUAGGUUAACUGACAAUUGGGCUCUUUUUUGUAAGUUGAUUUGGUAUGUGGGUUGCUCUUAAUUGGAAUCAUGGAUGUGUUGGGGUGCUCUUUUUGGACUUUUGGGGAAGAACUGAAGCUGAUUAGUUGUAAUUAAUAGUAUAGUUUUUCUAUUUGGGGGUUUAGGAGCUCUGAUCUGUAGUUGGAAUAGGGUUAAAGUUUUGGUUUUUGUUGUUAAAUUGUCCUUUUUGAAGUUAAAUUGCUGGGUUUAGAUCUUCUGGUUAUCUGCGUUUUGAUAAAUGGAGGCUAGAUUUGGAAGUGAAGCUCAUCAUUUUUAUGGUAUGAAUCGGGCGGAUUUGCGGGCAGUAGGGAAAAGGACGUUGGAGUGGGAUUUAAAUGGUUGGAAAUGGGAUGGUGACCUUUUCAUUGCUAGCUCCAUAAAUCCGGUGUCUGCUGAUAGCAUGGGAAGGCAGUUUUUUCCACUGGCGUCUGGGAUUCCUGGGAAUUCGUCCAAUAGCUCAUCGUCAUACUCUGAUGAAGCGAAUCCGGAAACUGAAAAGGGGAAAAGGGAAUUGGAAAAGAAGAGGAGGGUUAUUGUGGUUGAAGAUGACAGUCUGAAUGAAGAAGCAAGUAGCCUUACUUUGAAGCUUGGGGGCCAAGGUGGUCAUGGUAAUCCAAUCAGCCAAAGGGAGAUGAGAAAUUGGGAGGGAACCAGCGGGAAGAAGACUAAGUUGAGCGGAGGUUCUGGAAAGUGUGCAGUUUGUCAGGUUGAGGACUGUGGGGCUGAUCUGAGCAAUUCCAAGGACUAUCAUAGACGGCAUAAGGUUUGUGAGAUGCAUUCCAAGGCAAGUAAGGCUCUGGUUGGAAAUGUCAUGCAGCGAUUUUGUCAGCAGUGUAGUAGGUUUCAUGUCCUUCAAGAGUUUGAUGAAGGUAAGAGAAGCUGUCGCCGACGUUUGGCUGGCCACAAUAAAAGGAGGAGGAAAACAAAUCCUGAUACUAUUGUCAAUGGCAAUUCAGUGAAUGAUGAGCAGACUAGUGGUUAUCUAUUGUUACGUCUUUUGAGGAUACUUUCUGGCAUGCAUUCUAACGGAUCUGACCAAACCACAGAUCAGGAUGUGCUAUCUAAUCUCCUAAGGAGCCUUGCAAACCAUAAUGGUGAACAAGGGGGAAGAAACAUAACUGGGGUUUUGCCGGAACCUCAAGAUUCAGAAGCUGUUUCGACUUUGUUUUCGAAUGGCCAAGGCCCUCCUCAGCCUUUCAAGCAGCAUAUCACUGAACCUGCCUCAGAGAUGCCACAGAAAGGAGUACGUUCUUGUGAUACUAUGGGUGCCAAAGUCCAAAGCAAUACAGCUGGAGCAGUCAAGAUGAAUAAUUUUGAUUUGAAUGACAUAUAUGUUGACUUGGAUGAGGGCACCGAUGACAUAGAAAGGUCACCUGCACCUUUGAAUGCAGGGACUAGCUCUCUUGAUUGCCCUUCCUGGGUCCAACAGGACUCUCAUCAGUCUAGUCCACCACAGACCAGUAGGAAUUCAGAUUCAGCAUCUGCCCAAUCACCUUCUAGUUCCAGUGGUGAUGCUCAGAGCCGUACAGAUAGGAUUGUGUUUAAAUUAUUUGGGAAAGAACCAAAUGAUUUUCCUCUGGUCUUGCGAGCACAGAUUCUUGAUUGGCUAUCUCAUAGUCCCACUGACAUUGAGAGCUAUAUUAGGCCUGGUUGCAUUGUUCUGACAAUUUAUCUUCGUCAAGCUGAGGCUGCAUGGGAUGAACUUCGUGGUGAUCUGAGUUUCAGUUUGAGUCGGCUUCUGGAUUCUUCAGAUGACACUUUCUGGAGUACUGGAUGGAUUUGUAUAGGGGUGCAAGAUCAAAUAGCAUUCGUUUAUAAUGGUCAGGUUGUCAUAGAUACAUCUUUACAUCUCAGAAGCAACCAUUAUAGUGAAAUUAUAAGCGUCAAACCAAUUGCAAUAUCUGCAUCUGAGAGAGCUCAAUUUUCAGUUAAAGGUAUCAAUCUGUCUCAGCCAGCCAUAAGGUUGCUCUGUGCAGUAGAAGGGAAGUAUCUGGUACAGGCAGCUACUAGUGAGUUGAUGGAUGACAAUGAUGACUUCAAGGAGCAAGAUGAGCUUCAGUGUGUCGACUUUUCUUGCUCUAUCCCUACUGUGACUGGAAGAGGAUUCAUUGAGAUUGAAGACCAUGGUUUUAAUAGCAGUUUCUACCCUUUUAUAGUUGCUGAGGAUGAUGUUUGUUCAGAGAUCCGUAUGCUUGAGAAUGUACUGGAGAUUAUUGACACUGAUGCAGAUGUUGGCAGAACCGGAAAAAUGGAAGCCAAAAAUCAAGCAAUGGCCUUCAUUCAUGAAGUUGGUUGGCUUCUUCAUAGAAGUCAAUUGAAGUCUAGAUUGGGCCAGUUGGAUCCUAACCUAGAACCCUUUUCUCUAAGGCGGUUCAAGUGGCUUGUGGAGUUCUCUAUGGACCAUGAAUGGUGUGCCGUAGUGAAGAAACUCUUAAAUAUUCUUCUUGAUGGAAUAGUGGAUUCAGGGGAGCAGCCUUCCCUUAACCUUGCAUUAACAGAGAUGGGUCUUCUUCACAGAGCUGUUAGGAAAAAUUGUAGACCUCUAGUGGAGCUCCUUUUAAGAUUUGUCCCUGACAAAGCUUCAGAUAGACUAGGAUUUGAAAAUGAAACAGUAGCUGGUGGUAUUCAUAAAAGCUUCUUGUUUAAACCUGAUGCCCUCGGCCCUGCAGGUUUGACUCCUCUUCACAUUGCUGCUGGUAAAGAUGGUUCUGAGGAUGUGCUGGAUGCAUUAACCGAUGAUCCUGGAAAGGUUGGCAUUGAUGCUUGGAAGAGUGCUCGAGACAGCACUGGCUCUACACCUGAAGAUUAUGCUCGCUUACGCGGCCACUACUCAUACAUCCACCUGGUACAGAAAAAAAUUAAUAAGAGACCUCCUUCUGGGCAUGUGGUGGUUGACAUUCCCGGUGCCUUCUCUGACUGCAGCACAAAUCAGAAGCAAAACAACAAGUCAACUUCCAGCUUUGAGAUUGGCCAGCUUGAACUGAGAUCCAUGAAGCAACAUUGCAAGCUUUGUGAUCAGAAGCUGGCUUCUGGCUAUGGAACAACCAGCAAGUCAUUGGUUUACAGGCCUGCAAUGCUCUCAAUGGUAGCAAUUGCUGCAGUAUGCGUCUGUGUUGCUCUUCUAUUUAAGAGCUAUCCCGAAGUUCUGUACGUGUUCCGUCCCUUCAGAUGGGAAUUGUUGGACUACGGAACAAGCUGAAGUCCAGCAACUCUUCCUACGUCGGUAAUGUUUAAUAGGUGGUUUCUAUUUGUAAUCCGUUUGUAAUGGACUAUGAAGUUGAGAUUUGGUGUAUCACACCAUUGUUUUCGACUGAGUUUGGAACUCAGUAAUAUUGUUGAUAUAUAUUUAUUUGUUGUUCAGUCAUCAAUGUAAUGUUAUCAGGGUGUUAACAUAAUAACACAUGCAUAGGUCUCUCUCUGGGGUCUAAGGUUCCCGUCUUUGACAUUGAUAGCGGGAGAGGUAGCACUGUAACCAUUAUUUUAUCUUAUCAUAAUAAUUAAACUGUGUUUCUGCGGCA